CUCAUCUAAAAACAGAAUGUAUAAAAUUGGUAAAAAUGUUUAUUAUUAAAAUGACCGUAUGGGCCCAAUGCUGAAUUAAAACACACUAUACCUGUUGACUCGAUUGGCGGCACACUGACGAUAACAGGGGGAGGAGCCUACAGCUACAUGCGGUACCUACAACCGAACCAUUGUUAGCGCUAAUAUUUAAUCAGAUUGUGCAGACCAAGAGGACACUUACCAACGCAGGCCAACGGGAAUAGCGCACGCUAAUAGCGGGGCACGGCAGCUCAAGCGCUCUGCAGCAAAGCAAAUGCACCCAAGAAUCAACAACAACCUCAAUAGGAUCUCGGAAACAAAGCAGCAGCGUACUGUUAUGGAUGUUGAGUGUGUUACGUUACGUUACGUUCUAGUGUUAUGUUACGUUAUGCUGAAGCCCAUAAGGCAGUGCGCGUUUGAUGUGUAUUCAUUCAUUAAAAGCUUGAACUGAAACAUGGCGUCAGAAGUGGGAUAGUUGACAAAGUUAACUAGAAUAAUAUGGCGAACUCGAGCAAUAUGAUUCCGGCACCAGAGGGCAUGCAGAUGUCCGGGGAUCUGGCGAAGAACUGGGAAGUUUUUCGUGCGGAAAUCGAGGACUUUGUGUUAGCUACGGGCCUUAAUGAAAAGGCAGAAGAAGUGCAGGCAGCCGCGCUAAGACGGCUAAUGGGUAGCGAGUGCCGUCAUAUCUAUAUGCACAAUGUGAUUUUGGAUGACGACCAAAAGAAAGACCCAACCGCCAUCCUAGAUGCUCUCGGAGAAUAUUUUAAGCCGGAAAAAAAUGUGAUUUAUGAGAGAUAUAAGUUUGGAUGCUGCAAGCAGGAGACUGAUGAGCCAAUUGACAGUUUCAUAACGAGACUACGGGAGAGAGCUGCAUCGUGUGAGUACCGUGGGCUAAAGGACGAGAUGAUUCGGGACAAGCUCGUGCUUGGUGUCGCAAGCGAAAACACCAGGAGGCGCUUGCUGCGUGAACGUGAUCUGAUGUUAGCAACGGCAGUCGGUAUAUGUCGCCUGGCAGAGCUAACCGAUACACGCAUGAAAACCUUGGAGAGCCCACAAUUGCAAACGGACAGUGUAAACUCCGCAGACAGGCAAUACGGGAGACGUGGACCUCAAGACAGGAGAGGAAGAGAUAUACAGCAGGCUUGCAAAUACUGUGGAAACAGCCACAAGCGGGGCAGAGAGCAGUGCCCAGCCUACGGUGGUGCAGGUGGUGGCGGUCCACGUGCCGGGAGGCCCGAACCGGGGUUGGAGGAGUCAGCAGGCAGCCGAGCCGACAACCACACCCGACGACACGGUGCAGAUGGAACUCCGGCAGCAGAGCAGGGUUGGAGAAUGGACGUGGUGGAGAUGACUGGUAGGGGGACAGACGGAUUAGGAACGGAGACUGGAACACGAGUAAACGGGAAUACAGAGCUCGAAGAAUCAAGAGGAUACUCAACCGGGUCCAUGGCUCUCGCUCAGUGAACUGCCUGCUGCUGCUGUGGAUGAGGACGAGCUGAGGGGCACGCCCACUGACUAGCCUCUGCGUGCAAGGAGUAUGACUGGAGCGGCUCGCUGCACAGACACAACGUUAUUUUAAUAAAAGUAUCGAUACUAAAAAAAAUCGAGAAUCGUAUCGUUUUUUGUGUGAGGGUAUGAUACCUCUCCAGUAUCCUCCUCAUACUGUGCAACACUAGUCUGUUAAACGUGAAUACAGUGUGUUACCUGUUAAUGUAGUCUGUUACAUCUUAAUACAGUGUGUAACCUGUGAAUGUGGUCCAUUACAUGUGAUUACCUUUGAAUUAAGUGUGUUACAUGUGAAUACAGUGUGUUACCAGUGCAUGCAGUCUGUAACUUGUUAAUGUGGUGUUCUUUACCUGUGAAUGUAGUGUCUUACCUGUGCAUUAAGUGUUUCAACUUUGAAUGUAGAGUGUUACUUGUGAAUACAUUUUGUUACCCUUGAAUGUAGGGUCAACUGUGAAUAAGUGUGUUAUAGGUGAAUACAGUGUGUUACAUGUGAAUUAGGUAUGUCACCUGUGAAUACAGUGCUUUACCUGCAAAUGCAGUGUUUUACUAUGAUUGAGGUUACCUGUGAAUACAGUGGGUUACCUAGGAAUCGAUGUUACCUCUGAAUGCCUUAAAUGGUGUGGGGGGAGAGGACAAGGAGCCAGCCA